AUGGCUCGACUAGCAUUCAGCGCGCGUGGAGGACGCGGCGGAGGAUUCAAAUCCCCUGGGCGAGGCGGACGAGGAGGUCGAGGUGGUGGCCGUGGUCGCGGAGGCGGCACUCCCCGUGGAAGAGGCCGAGGACGCGGCGGAGCACGAGGGGGUGGCCGUGGCGGUGCAAGAGGUCCCGGUGCCAAGGUCAUUGUCGAGCCUCAUCGACACGGUGGUGUCUUCAUCGCUAAAGGGAAGGAAGAUGUCCUUGUCACCAAAAACCUCGUUCCAGGAGACACUGUCUAUGGAGAGAAGAAAAUUGAGGUGGAACUUCCAGCGCCAGAGGGAUCAGCGAACCCAAUCCAGAAAGUAGAGUACAGAUCGUGGAAUCCUUUCAGAUCGAAGCUGGCAGCCGCUAUUCUUGGCGGGGUCGAAAAAAUCCACAUUGCUCCUGGCAAACGGGUUCUGUACCUCGGGGCAGCCUCUGGAACAACGGUUUCUCACGUCUCUGACAUCGUAGGACCAGAAGGGCUCGUAUACGCGGUCGAAUUUUCUCACCGCUCUGGUCGAGAUCUACUCAACGUUGCGAAGAAACGAACCAACAUAGUGCCCAUCAUUGAAGAUGCUCGCCACCCUCAUAAGUACAGAAUGCUCGUUGGAAUGGUUGACUGCGUCUUCGCGGAUGUUGCCCAGCCCGAUCAGACCCGCAUCGUCGCUCUCAAUUCGCAUCACUUCCUGAAGACAGGCGGGCAUUUCGUUAUCUCCAUCAAGGCAUCGUGCAUUGACUCCACCGCCAAGCCUGAAGCUGUCUUCGCAUCUGAGGUAAAAAAGAUGAAAGCCGAAAAAAUGAAGCCUCAAGAGCAGUUGACUCUUGAGCCCUACGAGCGAGACCAUGCCGUCGUUGUCGGGAUAUACCGACCUCCGCCAAAGAAAUAA